UCCGAGUGUCCCUGCCUUCUCUCCUCACCGCUCCGCUCAAAAACACUCUGGAAUAAGAAGAAACUUUGCGUCUGAGUGUGAUUCACGGACUCGAGUCGCGCGCGUGUGUGUGUGUCGUGGCGCUCCGUGGAUGUAGAAGUUGUUCGGCGUCGAUCGCGCGCGUCGGGGCUCCUGAGGGCCCGCACAUGAGGAGUGUAGGCUAUGUGUGUGUGAUCACCAGCAGACAGUAAUCGCAUCAGACCGGCUUCAGCGUCUGCAACAGGCUACAUCGAACUUUCAGCGCUUUAUUAUCUACGGGAGUUUAGAAUGAGGAACAGCAGAAUUUGAAGCUCAUAUUUAUGCGAUCAGUAUUUCCAAAAUCAUAAAGGAUUGAAAAUGCGCCUCCAGAAGAGAGUGAUGGUGCUUCUUGCAUUGGUGUGGAUGUGGAAUAGCGCUCUUUGCGCAAAGAAGUCUAGUGCACGGAAGUCAGAGAGGUUGAGUCCACCGCUGGACAUCCAGUUGGAGACGGUGAACUGCACUGCAUUCAGUGUCCGGUGGAAGAUGCCCCGCAGACACGUCAGCACUAUCACUGGAUACAAGGUGUUUUACACGGAGAUGAGGAAUAACCGUCCGUCCAGCAAUGCUGUUGUCCUGGAAGUCCCACUGAGUUUAGAAAUGCUCACAACUGGGCAGUUUGAUGGUCAAGCGAGCUUUGAUGUGGUGAUCGGGAAGCUGAAGGUGGCCACGCAGUACCGUGUCAGUGUGGGUGCGUACGGCUGGGCAGGGGAGGGCAGACCCAGCAUGCCCCGGGACAUCAGCACAGGCUCUCACGAAAAGUGCAUGCCUCCUACACCUCCUACCCAACCUAAAGCAGUCGCCGUGUCGGACACAGAACUGGCCCUGUCAUGGCAACAUGGAGAAAGUGAAGGAAGUGCACCUGUGCUAUACUUCCUGGUGGCUUAUAUCAGGCCGGAGAUGGACACUGAGUGGACGUACAUCAGAGAGCCAGUAGAGUCGAACUCUAUGGUGCUCAAGGGUCUGAUGCCUGACACGGAGUACCAGUUUGUCAUCAGAUCCGUAAACGCACAUGGGAUCAGUCCUCCCAGUGCCAUUAACAACCCCGUGCGCACUCUCGGUACAAUGGAUGUAGGCAGUGGAGACUCUGACGUCUACAUCUCAAGCUCUGAUAGGAAAGAUGAGUUUGAAAUCGAUGACUCGGAUUAUGACGUCUUCGUUGAGGAGAUUAAGUAUCCAAACAGUAAGAAAAGUGGCAGGCGGUCUCAGCUACGCUCCCGCGUCGGGACUCCCGGUAACGGAAAUGUUAUUUUUAGGAUGCGUACACCUGCUUCCCAAAAUAUCUCAUCAACAACAACUAUAACCAUGACAACGGUCGCUAGCUCCGCCCCCAGGACAACCACCACACCCAUUAUACUGACAGGCGACGCUCCUACUACGCCUUCUCCUGCGGUGCCGUCCCCCAGCCCGUCAAUGACACCGUGGAAAGGGGAAAGGCCCCGCGUCUACGACGUGUCAUGUGACGAGACGGUCUGCCCUCCUGACAGCUUCUGCAUCAAUGAUUACGAUACCGGCGGCUCUCGGUGUCACUGCAACCUCGGUCGACAGGGAGACCUCUGCUCAGAAGGUCUGAUGGUAAAUUUCCCGAAGUUCUAUGGCUAUUCUCACAUGACGUUUGAACCACUUAAAAACUCAUACCAGGGCUUCCAGAUCAGCCUGGAGUUUAAGGCGGAGGCUGGGGAUGGAUUGCUGUUGUAUUGUGGAGAGAAUGAACACGGUCGAGGAGAUUUCACCUCCCUGGCCCUCAUACGGGGGAAACUACACUACAGGUUUAACUGCGGUACGGGGGCGGCGCAGAUCGUGAGUGAAAGCUCUGUUGUGAUUGGUCGGUGGCACACCGUCACAAUAUUUCGAGACGGCAUGAAUGGCUGGCUACGAUUAGAUAAUGACACACCGGUAUCAGGCCGUUCUCAGGGUCAGUACACUAAAAUAACAUUCCGCACGCCUUUGUUUUUGGGUGGAGCUCCGAAUGGCUAUUGGCUGGUGAGGGCGGUGGGGACCAAUCGUGGGUUUCAGGGCUGCAUGCAGAGUCUGACGGUCAACAGUAAAGCCACUGACAUCCGACCCUGGCCGAAAGGAAAUGCACUGAGCGGAGCAGACAUUGGCGAGUGCAGCAACAGUGUGUGUGAGAAGGUCACCUGUGCUAAUGGAGGAAUCUGCUUUGCCAACCGAGCCGAUGGCUUCAUCUGCCUGUGCCCUCUGGGCUAUAAGGGCCUCCUCUGUGAGGAGAGUUUCCUGUUGUCUCUACCCCAGUUUAACGAGAGCAUGUUCUCGUACGCCAGCGCCCCCUGGCCUCAGCCCUCCCACAACUACCUAUCCUUCAUGGAGUUUGAGGUGACCUUCCAGCCGACCAAUCCCGAUGGCACGCUCCUCUACACCGAUGAUGUCGCCAGCCGGGACUUCCUGUCAGUCAGCCUGGUGGACGGAUAUGUGGAGUUUCGCUUCGACUGCGGCUCGGGUGCUAGUGUUAUCAGGAGUGAAGAGGCCGUCACUUUGGGUGUGUGGCAUGAGUUGCGUGUGUCUCGAACAGCGAAAAAUGGCAUUCUUCAGGUAGACAACCAGAGACCAGUGGAAGGCAUGGCAGAGGGUGCAUUUACACAGAUAAAGUGUAGUUCUCCUCUGUAUAUUGGAGGAGUUCCUAAUUAUGAUAUUACUAAGACGAGCGCUGGCGUCCUGAGACCCUUCAGUGGAACGGUUCAGAAGAUCUCUCUGAACGACCGCAGUAUAGAGCUGAAUCCAGGUCAGGCUUUUGGGGUGAACGUGUUGAACGCAGCUCACCCAUGUGUGGAGAACCCGUGUGCUAAUGGGGGAACAUGCAGACCCAAGUGGGACGGAUACGACUGUGACUGUGCGCUUGGGUAUGAUGGGAAACACUGUCAGAAAGAAUGUGGAAAUUAUUGCUUAAACACUGUUACUGAAUCAAUAGAGAUCCCUCAGUUCACUGGACGCAGCUAUCUGACAUAUGACAACAGAGAUAUCCUCAAAAGGAUAUCAGGUUCCAGAACAAAUAUGUUCAUGCGUUUUAAGAGCACGUCCAAAGACGGCCUUUUACUAUGGCGGGGGGACAGUCCAAUGAGAGCCAACAGUGACUACCUGUCUCUCGGCCUUCAAGAGGGAGCGCUCAUUUUCAGUUAUAAUCUCGGUAGUGGAGCCGCCACUGUGGUCGUUAAUGGCACGUUUAGUGAUGGGAAAUGGCACAGAGUGAAGGCUGUCAGGGAUGGCCAGUCUGGUAAACUAACUGUCGAUGAUUACGGAGCUAAAACAGGCAGAUCUCCGGGUAAGAUGAGACAGCUCAACAUCAACGGUGACCUUUACAUUGGUGGGAUGAAGGAGAUUGCGUUGCACACUAACAGGCAGUACAUGCGAGGUUUACUGGGAUGCAUUUCUCAUUUCACUCUCGCCACGGACUACCAUCUGUCUCUGGUGGACGAUGCAGCUGACGGCAAGAACAUCAACACCUGCACAAACUGAACACCAGCGAGAUCCACGAGUACUCUUCAAAAAUAUCCACCACAGCUUAUGAAUAUCAGGAACAGCAGCUCGCAAAUAUUCAGCUGAGAAGAUCAUCUACCGGUAUAAGAUAAUUAAAGACCCAAACAUCACCCUCCAUCUGAUGAAAAGCAUCUAGCUUGGUGUGAUGAGUUUAGUGAAGCAGAUUAAUGGCGAAUUUCAAGAGAAUCAUUCUAAUUGGUAUAGAAGCAUUACAUUUGGCACAGAUACUCUCCAAGGGUCAUUUUUUUUUUUUUGGAAAAAGGCGUUGGCCACCCAAAAAUUCAACAUUGCGGCCUUUUUUUCAAGAUGGCCGCUAUUUCGGUCAAAUGCUCAUUACUGUAUGUCAAUCAUUCAAACAGUGAUGUAGGCAUAACAUUUUGUGAAAAUACUCUCUUCAGAAUGUUUUUUUGGAAAACAGUGCUUGUCCCUCAAAUUCAAGAUGACAACCAUUUUUCUGGUGAUGCUAUCAUGAAAUUUGGUACAAAUAUUCUUCAAGGAACAUUAUCAUGGAAAAAAGGUGUGUGCCACUCAAAAAUUCAAGAUGGCGACCAUUUUCAAGAUGGCCAUUUCGAGAAGAAAAUGUGAGCGGGUGCUUGCAGUGGCAAAACUCGCAACUCGGUUGCUAGGGUGUGGUACAUGAUUGCAUGCGAGCCAACAAACAUGUCUGUACGAUGUUCUGGUGCUGGGAUAUGGCUUAUUCAUGUGUUCAGGUGGUUGCUAGGCGGUUGCUAGUGUGUUCUGGGUCGUUACUAAAAUGUUGGUAGGCAGUUGCUAGGGUAUUCUGUGGUUUCUAGGUCAUUGCUAGGCAGUUUCUUGGGUAUUCUGAGUGGUUGCUAGGGUGAUGAUAGGUGGUUGCUAGUGUUGUGGGGUUGCUAGGGUGUUUUUUGGUGGUUGCUAUGGUAUUCUGGGUGGUUGCUAUGACACUAGGUGGUUGCUAGGCAAUGGCGGCCAUCUUGAAAAUUGGCCGCCAUAUUGAAUUUUUUGUGGCCAACGCCUUUUUCAAAAAUAGUGACCCUUAGAGAGUAUCUGUGCCAAAUUUCAUGCUUCUAUACCAAAGUGAACGAUUUUUUUACUAAUCUGCUGCACUAGUUGGAGUUUUUUAGCUUCAGCAUUUUCCCUGAAUUAACUGAGAGGUUUUCAACCAUGUCUUUGAAUCAUGGGAAAUGUUAUCAUAUUUAAUAAGUGAGCAUGCAGAUGUUUGAAGACAGGGCGAGCUGAGAGGUUAUUUAUUCCUUAUGGAAAAUUUACAGCAUACUUUUUUUUUUUUAAAUCUCCAACUCUCCUGUUAUGGCUCUUAUGAAUCAGCAACCAAUUCCUGUUCAAACCUAGUCAGGUGUAUUUACAUUGUUCCCUUCAAGAGCAAUGAUUGGGGCAACUGUAUUUUUGUUUAUUGUUUGUUUGUCUGUUUUUUAUCAUUAAUUUUGUAUCAGUAUUUAGACUUCUGAAUUAAUAGAUGAAGAUUCAUUCUGAUGAAUAUAGCUUUUGAAGAGUCAGGCUGUCAUAGAGUAGUCUCUCUCUCUCUUUUCUGAGGUAAAAUAUUUGCACUGUGAGUUUUAGGCUGCUAGUGGUGGAAGGACAAAGUGAUGUGAUUUGUCUUUUGUAUCAGAGGCUCGGCCUCUCUUUUCCUUCUAGCUACAAACUUUUAUGAAUCCCAAAGACUCUUUAGUAGCUACUGUAGCUGUUUAUUUUUUACUGUAGCUCUUUAUUAAGGUAAUGGAUGUCUGAAAAAUAAAAAUGCAUCUCUUAAUUUUUUUCUGCCUUGAUGUUUAAAAAGCCUAUCAUUUUGCCAUCAAAAAUGUGACUUACUGAUUUUAUUCAUAAAAUAAAAAGAAUGUCAGACACUUAA